GUCUUUUCGACGUCGACGCAACCCUGUUGGCGCAGAAUAGCUGCUCAGUGCUCGUCGAACGGCGCUUUGUUGCGACGGGACCAUGCCGCCGCGCCCUGCACCACCGAUCAACCGAUCUCAGGUUGUAUAAUCUACGGUAGAGGAAUUGAUGACCAGCCGUCAAAAUUGACCGAUCGAAAACCGAUUACCGGAAACAGGACGACCAAAAAUGUGACGUGCAGCAGGCUGCUCGAACAGUUCGACGUGGCUCGAACAGACAAAGACUCGAGUGGAUCGGACGACGAUUGGAAGCGUGACGUCGGAUUGACAGUAACGGGACCGUGAAGAUGAAUUCAAGCGGGGAGUCGGGCGGCACGAUGACCGAGGACUAUGAGAUGUCAGGUUGCGGUCCGCCGGAGGAGGAAACAGGAUCAAAUCUACCGAUUUGGGAAGCCGCGGCCGCUUCUUUAACGCUCGGUUUCCUCGUCUUGGCCACGGUGUUGGGCAACGCGUUGGUGAUCCUGAGCGUUUUCACCUAUCGACCGCUGCGCAUCGUCCAAAACUUCUUCAUCGUAUCGCUAGCCGUUGCCGAUCUUGCCGUGGCGAUCCUCGUGAUGCCUUUCAACGUUGCUUAUCUUCUUCUCGGCAAGUGGAUCUUUGGCAUACACCUAUGCAAACUGUGGUUGACUUGCGACGUUCUUUGCUGUACUGCCAGCAUUUUAAAUCUGUGCGCGAUCGCAUUGGAUCGUUACUGGGCGAUCACAGAUCCGAUAAACUACGCCCAGAAACGAACCCUGAAACGGGUCCUAGCGACGAUAGCAGGCGUUUGGAUCCUAUCGGGUGCUAUAAGCUCGCCGCCUCUCGCCGGUUGGAACGACUGGCCCGAAGAACUGGAACCGGGAACUCCUUGCCAAUUGACCAGGAGACAGGGUUACGUUAUCUACUCGUCCCUGGGUUCAUUCUUCAUACCCCUUUUAUUAAUGAGCCUCGUGUACCUGGAAAUAUUUCUAGCGACCAGGAGAAGGUUGAGGGAACGAGCAAGACAGAGUAGAUUGAAUGCGGUCCAAUCGACCAGACACCGCGAGGCGGACGAUGCGGAGGAGUCCGUCAGUUCGGAGACGAACCACAACGAGAGAUCGACUCCGAGGUUGCACGCGAAACCGUCGCUGAUCGACGACGAACCGACGGAGGUGACGAUAGGAGGCGGCGGAAUGUCGGUCACCACCUCGUCGAGGAGAAACGCCGGCGGUGGAACCGCCGCGACGACGACCACGGUUUAUCAGUUCAUCGAGGAGAGGCAGAGGAUCUCAUUGUCGAAGGAGAGACGAGCCGCGAGGACGCUGGGCGUGAUUAUGGGCGUGUUCGUAGUCUGCUGGUUACCAUUCUUUCUAAUGUACGUGAUCGUGCCGUUUUGUCCGGCCUGCUGCCCAUCCGAUCGCAUGGUCUAUUUCAUAACGUGGCUCGGUUACGUAAACAGCGCCUUGAACCCGCUCAUCUACACGAUAUUCAACCUCGAUUACAGGAGAGCGUUCAGAAGGUUGCUGCGUAUUCGUUGAAUGAGAGACGUCGCGCCGCGUCGGCUUGGUUUCGGUUCCCGUUUUUUCGAAACUCGUCCUUUCGCUAGAAGACGACGGUAAAGCUCUUCGAUCCGCCUUGGGAUUGGUCGUCGAAGAAGGAUGUUACUUAGAAAACAUCGAUAAUCGUUACUCGUCAAAGUUAGUCGACUGUUUCAGGUUGGUAGGAUAUCGUUUUCAGCCUCGAUUAUGUUCCGCGAAAAAAUUCAAAGGCUUUCAAGAUUUUACCACACCGUCUGGUAAUAAAUCGGAUUUGGGUGUUUCUUACAUUCACGUUAGGAAAUACAUACAUUAUACAAAUGCAUCGUACAAAUAGGUCGUGCAUAAUUUAUGGAGUCUGAAUCAUUUCCAAUGGAUCUAUGUCACAGAAACGAGAUAAUGAGAAAUUCAAUCAUGGAGAGUGUAUUGUUUUACCAAGAAUUGAGAAAAAAACUAGUAACGGUUGUAUGAUUAGUUUGAUUUCUAAAUGAUCUUUACAAUAACGAGAUUCGUCGCGUAUACAGUGCAUUGAGAAGAUUUAUAGAUUCAAGAUUAAUUUCGAUGGAACGAACGCAGAGAUCGAUCUCAUACGGGAUGUGGGAUAACGAGAGGAAGCAGCUGUAAGUGCGAAUAGCCUUGUUGAAGAUUAAGCGACGAAACAGCAUGCGCGAUAGUCUAAUUUCGCGGCAGUAUUCUCGCAGAAGGUCGUUCCAUUAAAGUUGUUCCAUUAAUCCCGUAAAGUGAGCCGAGGAAACAAACCCGAGGAUAAGGGAUCUUAAGGAAAUGAGGUCCAACCGUGCUCAGGUUGGAUCUCAUCGUUCUGCCCGACCACUCAAUCGUUUCGUUUCAGGCGGCGCGGCGCGGCGUGGACGUUGAAGACCCACCUCGGGUUUGGAGCCUUAAGAACCCGCUUAAACUAAAUUUGGCGAUUCGACGAGGUUGAGCGAUAUGCUUGAUUCAAUGAACUUGAAAGGAAAAUGAACAGUGAAUUUCGAACUCGAUAGCUCUUGAAUUUCAUUGAACAAAUUUCAUUUCAUUCAACCAUACUGUACCACCAGAUUGAAAUUGAAUGGUACUGAAUGUGCAUUCACCUUAAUUGAACAUCUUGAUUUAUAGUUAAUUUGCAUCGUUCACAUUUAGAUCGAUCAAGUCCUGUUGCUCGAUCGAAAUUAACCGCGAAUUCGAUCCCACAUUUGCUCGUUCGAUCAUACAGAAGGAAAGAACAGGUUCUUGAUCGCGCGCAUCAGAGAAUUAGGAGUGUCACGAAAAGUUUCUCUCACUUGUAUGUACUAGGUCCUCGAGUCGAUCGUUCCACUUUUCCACGAGAGCUUCGUGAAAUAUCGCUCCCCGGAGUGCAGAAGGAAUUCGCGCACAUUCCUGAUGAAUCGGCGGCGAACGUUGGAACCUAUAGAGAGUAGAGUUUUUCAAAUUUUCCUCGCGAGGGCUUCUUCGUUAUUCCCUGCGGAUGAGAGCGGAAUCGUAAAUACGCUUUGGAGUUCCUUUCUUCCGAUUUUGCGACACUUCGCAAAGGAGAUUAGUGGAGAAAGAGAGAGAAAUGGUGUGCGUCUUCUCGGCCAAUCUCAGACGGACGAAGUGAGAACAAAUCAACGUUUACGGAUAGGAAUUUUCUACGAAAUCGACCAAAAAGCUCCAAGUUAAGACGCAUUUAGAGAAUAGGAUUUUAACGUAUCCUAGAUGGUACACGCGCACGUAUUGUAUUUGCAUCGUACCGUUAACGAGAGAUCGUGACGCGAGAUGGAUACACGCGAUCUCGUUCGACGUUCUCAGUCCCUUGGGUUACGAUUACACUGUACACUAAUGUGUUUGUCCGACUUCAUAAAUAUGGAAAUAUGGAAGAUUUUCAAUAUACAUGAAAUACACUACACAUUAUUAAAUGAAUUGUAAAGAACGAUUUGUAACACUGAUUCUAAACUUGAAUUUGAUUCGUGUACACAAACGUAACGCGACCAUGAAGGUUUCGCGAUCAAGAACCCUUACAGGGAACUUGUUUACUUUUAAAAGGUAGAUCUCGGACAAACAAAUUGGCGUUCACUGUUAACCGUAGCCUUAAUAGCGAAAACCCGAGAAUUAGGAGAUUCAUUAGUGGAACAAUGGAGAGAAUUACCCUCCUCCUGAUGGCCGAUGAUCGUUCUUACUCAGGUAGUGAAAAGAACGUUCCCUUUGAAGCCGACUAUAUUUGUCUGGACGAUGUUCUACCUUAGUUUCGCUCAAAGGGUUUAUCUGUUAAAACGUUUCCGAAAUGUCACGCUGGAAAGCUGGAUAUUCGAUGGUUACAGAGUCAAUUGUAAUCUUUUCCUCGACGAAUCGAUACCUUUUCUAGCGGAGUCAAGGUACAAUAGCUUCUUCUUUCAGAGGUGAAACGCCUUUGAUCGUCAAUUUUCCUACGGUGAUACUUUACUGUAAUCAUAUAACUUCCUAAAUAGAUAUAUAAUUCCAUGAAGAUGAGAACGGUACGGAGCAAAUAGGAAUAGUCUAAGCGGACUCUCAACAGAAAAAUCUUCAUUUUGACAGAAUUCGUCACGUGUCUCGGCAUUUGCGAGUUUAUGUAACGAGAUCAUUCUUGUCAAUUCUCGUCAAUUUUUCUUCAAGGAGCGCCUGGAUGGUACCAGAGGAAAAACAUUUCUGAAGGAACGUUCGUCUCCACGAGGGAGGAGGGAAACGAAAGAGUACAGUCUUUUCUUUAGCAACGAUGACGAGCGAAAGGUCCCUUAAUUCCAUGAGCGAUAUACGUUACACGUUCAUUAUCAAAUAUUAUGGUUGUGAAUAGGUAUAUCGAUAAUAAAGAAUCCAAGCGCAAGCAGGAUAAGAGUAAAAACAGAACAAGAGGAGCAUCGCAAGUGUGGACGAUACGAGGUUAAAACAAUGUUUGCACAAUGCAAGAAAUGAACAAAAAAAGUUGAACGAAAGGCGUUGCGACGAUAAGUCUGCAUAUUUCUAUUUAAAUAAUAUAUUUAAGUUGCCUCGAGUCUUCUUUUCAUCGACACACAGCUACAUGUAACAACACGCGCACACGAAUCGUGCACAGGAUGAACAACGUUUAUUAUAGCGCGGAAAAACAACAAAAAGUGAUUCUUCGCGCCUCGACAUGCUUGUCGACGUGUUCGUUCCCUAAUUAAAAAAAAAAAAGAAUAAAGAUUUCCGCGAAACAUAUCGCAGAUUGGAAACGUUGGUACGUAAUGGCAAGGAUGGUCAUUAAGAAUAAUACCCGAUUAUAAGAAUACGUUAACCUUCCAACAAUUGCGCUAUUAUCGUACAGAGUAAUGUAGAGUACAAUAGUUAAAAGGCAUAUUACGCUUAUCUUUUGUCCAAGAGAUUUCAAGUGUGCGAAGGGUUCUUAACUACAUUCUUCCGUUUACGUUCUCAGAGAGAUUACUUUCAACACUUUCAUUGGCAUCUCUAAUAAUUGUUUCUUGUAUACAAAAAUUCGUUACUACCGAAUAGAGAAGUGAGUGUUCGAAUUAUUAAAAAUCGGGGCAUUCUUUAGUGACUAUUCCUCAUGUAAUAUAAUACGUACUUAAGUAAGUACAUUCGUUAAUAGAACGCGUUGCUGAUGGAUAGAACGCGUCGCAUCUUCGCGUCGUCGUUGACGAUCGGGCCGGUCCGUUUGUCUCUCGUAUCGAUGAAUGAUUGAUGCGCGUGAAGUUAAAUUAAAAUCGAGCCGUUACCGAUUAAUGAGGGAAUAGGUGACACGUUUGCCGUCCCCUCGAGUGCCGCGCCAAAUCAAAUAGGACACGAGGGUAGAAAAAGAGAGGGCGAAGAAGAAGAAAUGGAUGAAGAAGAAAGAAAAUAAAAUGAAAAACAGACAGGGUCGGUGUAUGUUAGCUACGAAAGUGGAGGUGAAAAAGAGAAGGUACACGUUAAUGGAGGACGUUGUGAAAAGGAGAUUGCGCGAAAAAAUGUUGGUUAAUUCAAAAACUCGACCUCGUCACCCAGGGCACUCUAUAAUAAGGUUGUGAUAAGGUUGUGAGAACACGUUCCGUAGCCGUGCUACGGACACCACAAGAUUUUUAAUUAUUAAGAUAGAAGAAUGAACGUUACUUUAUUCGUGGCACUGUCCAAAAAACGUGGCGCGAAUUCCCGUCCAAAAGGGAGGAUGAUCAAACCCGACGUUUGAAUAGUUUUAAUUGGACAUUAAAGCAGACUUCGCGCGAACGAAUCCAUGUUUCUUUAAUCUCGUUCUCAUCCUAUAUAUAUAUACAUAUAGCGUUCGAAUCCUCUUUCCAUCUUCACCUUUUCGUUUUAUUUCUCAAUAUCCUAAAAACGACAAACUUCAGGUCGUGUUUUCUUCUCUCCUUACUGUGUUUUUUUUCGUUUUACGUACUUGCUCGUGCCUAAUAUUUUUAUGACGAAGAACUUUGUUAGCUCAGCGGCGGACAUUACGCGAGGGUUGGCUCAAUUUAAAGCCGGAUCUUAAUAUUCUGUUCGAGCACUCGUAAAACAUAAACGGGAAGGUCGUACUUUUUUAUUACACCUUUUGCAUCAAUUCCAUGAAAUUCUACUUCCGUUGAUUAUCACCUGAUCGCGAUUACAGUUGUUACUUUUUAUUGUCUGUAACCUGUAAUUCCAGUUUGAAAAUUCUGCAUUUAUUUUUUUUUCAACGAUACGUUUAAAAAUUAACAACACAGAAAGAUAUAAGAAGUUCCUGUCCGUUUAACUUUGUUCGAUCUCGACAAUUCAAAUUUGUCCUUGCGUUGACUUCUCAAUAAUCGGACGGAUCUCGCGAAUGGUCUAGUACUACCGGCUACCGAUCGAACGACCGUGUGAGAGCGGUGCAAAUAGAAUUUCAAAUUAUUCGCUCCCGCGAAUCCCCUUCCCUCUUGUUUUUUUUCAUCACUGUCCCGAUCCUCUGACCGUUUCGCGGAAUUAUUUCAUCGCGAAACGACCCGGACGAAAUCGAAUUUAUUCUAGCCUUUUCCGCCCUUGUUCCAGACUGAUUCGACCGAGCCGGUGUGUUCCUUUCGAAGAAAUUAAACUUCUGCCCUCCCGUGCUAUCCAAAUACUUUUCCUUCACUAUUUACACAAGUUCCAAUUACGUUUUAAAAUUACAUAUACUUCGUAAAUAGCAUCGAGUAAUUUUCAUCUCUGAUAAAUCAUCACACUCUAACGCCUUGUCUCAAUCUCUUUUGGACAGAGAAUUCGACAGUGCAUAGAUAUAUUAUUAUAUUACAUGAUAUAUUAACAUUAAACAAGAAAAAACAUUACAUUUACUUAUACAUCCGCAUCAGCAAGUUGAUUUUUCAAUCGGAUGAGCACCGUAUCGCGGAUCGUCGGGCAUUGAAAUACAUUAUUGUUCAUACUCUCAUCCUCCUUCUUCUGCGUCAUACUUUUCUCUUCUCACAUUCUUUGCAAGAUCGAUCGUUUUCGUAUUUGUUUUGGAAUGUUCUCGAUCAAUUCGCGCGUUUUCUCCCCGUCGCGAUUCUUUGUACAAACGUUCAAAAAGUAAUUGCUAUUCGAUCCGCGAAACUGUCUCUCCUUGUGAAGAUCUUAUAUGUAUACAUAUAUAUAUAUAUAUAUAUUUUAUAAGAUGUAAUAUAUAUUAUAUAUAUAUAUGUAUAAGUAUUAUAAAUUAUAAUGUAAUUGGGCCUGGUCGCCCGAUCGAAAGAAACACUACGCUAGAUACCACUACACUGUCGCUCAAAAAUUUGAAAUCCUUUUUAUUCGUAACGUUCUAUUAUGCUUAUACAUUUCUAAUUAUAAGUAGGUACGAUUUUUAUUACGAUGAAGGAGCUAUACUUCAGAACAAGGACCUGACAUAACUGAAAUUUUAAUUUGUUUUCGAGAUAACAUUUGAUAACAAGUUUUUGAGCGGCCCCGUGUACGACACAAAUAUAUUAUAUACAUACACACAUGUAGUUAUUAAACUAAUACUCCAUUGGUUGUGAUUUACAAGUAUAGCAAUACAGGAGCUCGAGUCCGGCGAACCGAGUCGCUCGACCGGAGAGUUUUCCCUCUCUCUGUCACGCUAUCGUAGUCUAUUAGAUUCAAUUUUUCGACUGCAGCCUACACUUAAUUUGUUACGAUUUGUUCACUAAUUUAUUCUUGCGCUCACGCCCGGAAGUUCGAAAAUAGACGAAACAAGCAGCCAAAGAGUAAUAGGCAGACGUCGUUGUUUUUAUAACUCUCAUUGCGCCGUACCCCUCUGUGUCGUCGUGCCGUUUAGUUUUUACUCGGCAUGCUUACUUUAUGCAUUCGUUACCGUGUGAAUCCGUUAAAAAAAAUAUUGUCCGAUAAAAGCAACGCAUCGCUUCGUUCGCAUCUCUGUAUCGUUGACGAAAUUACGCCGUCGAAAAACGUUGGUUGAGCCAUAAAUCAACGAAAAAUAUUUUUGUUUGGCUUUUCCGGAUGUUAAUUAAAUUUAUGCGUUGACACACCAGUAAAAUAAAUCAUUAACGAGGUUAACGAAACACACAGCUGGGACCUGCAUAUAGUACGAAAUGUAGAUAAAAAAAUUUCUGAAAUUCACCGGCGUUCUUUUCAAUCAACCGCAUCGCUUUGUGGAAUUCGGUUAAUAAAUCCUCGCGGGGUCGUUCCCAACGUCGUCGAUGACGUUCGUUGACUCCCGGGAAUAACAUACAAACAUAGGCUAUACUUUAUAUUCUUUUCCAUUGACACGCGGCUCGAAUAUGGUAAUUGAUUAAUGUACGUCAAAUUUUAUUACACGAACGAAACAGCUUCCAGCACGGUAAUCGAUGGAGAGAUUUUGAUUAAUGGAAGCUUUAUUAACGCGAGACCAAUUUUAAUGGUUCGUUUACAUGUAUAUAAAUUGAUAUCGAACUGAACGGGAUUUUAUCGAGGGAGAAAAAUGGGAGAGGAAAAUGGGUCCGGUCGUGUGUCGGAGGCACGGACGAUCGGGUGUUCAUGUGAGCCUGCCGCUUGAGUGUGUAAAUAUUCAAAUAAAAAUUAAAUGAACAAGAUUACAAAACGAACAAAAAUUGAAAACGCAUUCGUGUACGUGUAGCGUAAUGUAUGCGGAGCAUAGUGUGUGAAUGGUUUAAAAAAAAUAUGUCGAUGCGAUUAUCGAUUGUCAUUCCCCAUCGGGGAGAACAUUGUUAAAAAAUCGGAUGCGAGAAGAAAUAUCUGAAUCUCGGUCUUCAGCCGAAGCGAAGGAUGCACGAAGUUUCCCCAAGGAUCCGUUUAAUAAACGUCCUUUCGAUAUCGUCUAUAUUCAAUGGUUUCUAAUUAAGCAAAUAAAAAAUAAAUAGGAAAAAACGUAGGACAACGGAUGCAAUGAAUUUAGAAGUUCGAGAUGAAUCGUAUUGCGAUAAAAAAAAAUCUCUGUUCUCUUUUUCAGUUCGCGCUGCUUCAAUAUCGUAAAGUGCCCUCCUCCGCGGUGAACCACUUUAAUUAUUUUCAAGCCGGAAAAUCUCGCGUCUCUCGAUUUCCAUAUUUCGUAUUUCACGUUUCACGUGGAUUAACUAACACCAGCUAACUAACACCAACUAACUAACAAGCCAACCGGCAUACUAGUCCUGGUUCAAUUUUACGACCUUUAACCCUUUUCCGGUGCGGUGAAAGAAUAAAAAAUGCGAGAAGAAUAUAUACUGGAAACUAAAUGAUAAAACGCGUAAGAGUUGAGCUUCAUUCUUUUUAAAAUCAGGAGAUUGAUCCUGAUAAAAGGAAACGAGAGUGCGCUACGCAGAAGAAUCAUUUAAUAUAUGCUUAUGUUUAUUGCAACCGUGUUGCACGCGAUUUCAUUUACUCGUAGAUAAUGCAUUCGCAUAAUCAAGUUACGUACGACAUGACUUAAGACAUCGAAAGCCUACAUUAGACGGUUUGCUUUUGGUGUUUCUCUCAUUAAACUGCGAAAGGGUUAAGCACGAAUCCUGAAGCAAACACGCUAAAUCCGGUGAGGUAACUCGAAAACUUAAUCCGGGAACCCUUUCUUCCGCACCUUUGUCCAACGAUAAACGAGCAGAGCUUAAUUAAGCUCUCACCGGCUACACUACCUAGCACAAUAACGCUAUCUUAUUUAUUCGCCCGCCUCCUCGAACACUAUGGAAAUGUGUCCGGUAUACGAUCGUAUCGCGUAUACAUCUUUAAGCUGGAUAUCCGUGUCGUGAUUAUUCCCAGAAAUGAACGGGAUACACAUCUACAGUACACGUACCAACUGCGGGAGAUAACGAUAUUUCUUUUAAUUGCUUCGUUUUCUCUCUCCGAGUCGUGCUUUAAUUACAUCGGAACAAGCGAGGAAUUCCUUUGAAGAAAACGAACCGAACGCGUGGAGAGUCAGGGAGAUGAGUUUGAAACUAUAACGUACUCAUCAUUAUUGAAAACGGUUCUUGUUUCGAAAUUUCGUGCCUCCGUCGCGCAAGCGAAAAAUGAGAAAGAAAUAAAAAAACACCAAAGUAAAAAAG